AUGAACGUUGUGCGAGCAUCGUCGGGACAUCAGGCCAACAUCACCUCCUCCCCCAUUCUCGCCUCCUCUCCCUCUGUACAACCACGAAAACACCAGCCUCCCCAGACCUCGACUUCUUCCUCGCAGCUGGCGACAUCAUCUUCGAGAGCCAAGCGGCAGAUAGCAUGCCCGCUGCCCCUCAAGGUGCCCUUCUGCGCCUCGACGACGACAACGACGAAGAGCCAGCCGAAGCAGGAUGGCGUAAGCGACUUUUCCGACGCUACUCGCGGAGAGGAGUGGGAGGAAAGGAACGUGCUCUUCGACGACAACUUCGGCUACUCGGGCUGCCACCACACCUCCCCCUCUGCCAACGACGAUGGUGAGUCGCUCAUCAAUCUCAUCGAGGCCGAAUGGGAGCUGGAGCAGAUCUUCCGCACGGCUCCCGUCGCCGCGAACCCGCACCAGCGCCUCGCGAGGUGGAUGCUCAACGACGAGGACCACCCUCUUGACCUCGAGGAAGAUGGCUCGCCUUCGUGGAUGCUCGCCGAGGACCACCUGCCUCGACUCGGCUUCUCGCCGCAGGAGAUGAUGCAAGAAGAGGAGCUGGUCGCCACACCUCCGCCUCAGCUCUUCGUCAUUCCGCCGUCUCGUGCGAGGAACCCCGUGCCCCUCAACACGCCCUUCCAGGCCUCGUCGAGAGUACAGCAGUACGUGAACAGCAGCCCCUUCUACGUCGAACAGCUCAAGCAGCACCAACAGCAGCUCGCCGACUACGACUACCGCGGUCUCUACACCAUCGAGCAGCGCAUGGAGGAGUGCAGCCUCCUCUCGCCGUCUUCGUCGUCGCCGUCUCUCGCCCCUCCGUCGCCCUCGUCGUCUACGCUCGGCGGGCACAUGCGCAAGAGGAACCGCAGCUACUCGGACAGCAUGCUCAAGCGCGACAGCCUGGGCGAUAUGACCAACAACCUCGUGCUCGUCUCGUAG